GACGUGAUUCUGGUGAACGUCAGCAUGGCGACCGGUGGAACCUCAGCUCUCCUCAGCCAAAUUUCGGACGACUUCCUGGAGUGUCAGGUCUGCCUGGAGUCCUACCGCCGGCCCAAGGUGCUGUCCUGCCUCCACACGUUCUGCCAGGAGUGUCUGGAACAGCUGCACAAGCGGCAGGGCGACGCGCAACACCUGGAGUGUCCAACAUGUCGGACCAAGACGGAACUUCCGGGUUCUGGAGUCGGUACGCUGAAGGACAACUUCUUUGUCGAAAGUCUUGCGGAUGCGGUCAAGCUCCACAAGACGGUGAAAGAGACGGAGGGGGAGAGCUCGAGAGUGGUAUGCGGUCUGUGUGAGUCCGGACAACUGGCAAAAUCGUACUGUGUGGACUGUAGGAAGUUUAUGUGUGAGGGUUGCAUCAUGGUGCAUGGGCGGAUAGCGUCACUGAAAUCGCAUCAGCUCGUCACCAUGGACGAGGUUCGUUCAGGAGAAGGGCUUAGAGCCAAGCCUCGCACCCAGCCGUGCAAGCUACACGCAGACGAGGUCCUAAAGUUCUACUGUGAGACCUGCAAAGAGGCUGUGUGUCGAGACUGCAUCAUGGUAGAGCACAAGGAUCACUCUUACACCCAUCUUGUCAAAGCAGCCGGUGGUGUAAAGGAAGAGCUGGCUGCAAUUCUUGAAGAGGCCGACAAGAGCCUGACCGAGCUCAAAGGUAAGCAACAAGAAAUCGUGAGUAAGAAAUCCGUCCUGAAAGACACUGUGAAACAGGUCGAAGACAGCAUAAACAAAGCUGCAGAACAGGCCCGAAAGCGUCUGUUAGAUCAGGUAAAUGCGGAGCAAAAGGAGCUGUUGCAACAAGUUCAGAAGAUUGAGAAGAAAACUGAGAAAGACUUUUACACCGUCGAAGACACCGUUGAGACAGCGAUUGUCGGCCUGGUCAGCACCACUGAUUUCGGACGCAACGUCAUCGCUCAUGGUACUGACUUGGAGAUCAUCAGUGUGAAGAAAGAAGUCCAGUCCCGACUUCAGAGUCUGCUGCAGGUGUCUCCAGACGAGAUGGGUGUGCCCGAAGGAGAGCCGUGGGUUCGCUUCGUAGCCAGCGGUGCUAAAACAGAUGACCUUGCUCUGAUCGGUGAAGUACCUGAGGAUUUCAGAGCGAAGUUUACCACUUUGGGAACAACCGGUCGCCUCGGACCAACUGACCUGGGACAACAUAACAGCAGACAGGACCAGGAUGGAGUGGUGACACCGCAGGAUGGGAUCCACCGUACCGAUUUCAGAGCAACGUUCACCACUUUGGGCACAACCGGUCGCCUCGGUCCGACUGACCUGGGACAACACUACAGCGGACAGGACCAUGAGGGACUGGUGACACUGCAGAACGGGAUCCAGCACUUCACAGUCAAAUACACUGGCAUUUAUGAGAUAGAAGCAGCAGGUGCUGCUGCCGGAUGGGGGAAGUACAUACCCAAGUCAACACGUGGAAGAGGUGCUCUCAUGAGAGGGACUUUUCAACUAAAUAAGGGUGAGGUGCUGAAGAUCCUAGUCGGACAGGAGGGCGUGCAGGAUGUGCGGGGAAGAGGAGUGGGCGGCGGCGGCGGGACGUUUGUCACCCGGGAGGACAACACUCCAAUCAUCAUCGCAGGCGGCGGGGGCGGUGGGAGCGGUCUGUCUGAAAGAAAGGCUACCAGUGACGGCAGCAAUGAAACAUCAGGCAAUCCAAGCUCUGGGGGGAAGGCCGGGGGGAAGGAUGGGGCCGGGGCAGUACAGGGGGGUUCGGGUAAUUUGGGAGGGGGUGGGGGAGGUUUGCUGACAGAUGGAGGUGCUUAUGAGGGUGGGAGGGCGUUUGUGAAUGGAGGUGUAGGUGGGAGAGGGUCGUUAAUCAACGCAGACGGAGGUUUUGGUGGCGGAGGGGGAGGGUUUGGAGGGAUGUUUUUUAGAGGAGGAGGAGGAGGAGGGGGUGGAGGCUAUUCUGGAGGGGGGAGAGGGGACGAUGAGCACAACCAAUGUGGAGGUGGAGGCGGUUCCUUCAAUAUGGGCGGGGAACCCUCUGGGGAGAGUGGUGCCAAUGACGGUUCUGGUUAUGUUGUAAUGACAUUGGCUGGUUAG